AUGAAAAUAUUAAGAAUUCUUAUAUUGUAUGUUUUCUUUUUUUUUUGCAAUUCUGAGGAUACAUCAGUAAAUAACUCAGAUAAAUUUUUAAAUAAGAGUCUUAUAGAUGCUUUAAAUUAUAAAUUUAAUAUAAAUGAUGUAAUGGAUAUUUUUGAAAAAAUAUUCAAGGACAAUUUUGAUGAUUUCAAAAUUGAAGAACAAAAUAAUGACACAAAAAAUUUAGAAUUUAAAAAAUUUCUUUUUAAUAAAUCUAAUUAUGAUUUUUCAUAUGAGUCAUUUAAAGAAUACUGUUUAAAUGAAGUUAUAAAUAAUGAUAGAUGUAAAAAAUUAAAUAAGCACAAUAUAGCUCAAAUAACUAGUAAAAUUAGUAGUAAAUUUCAAUCAAAAUUCUACAAAGAAGUAAAUGAAAUAAAAUAUUACAUCUUUGAGAUUAUAAAAUUACUAAAUAAAAAUGACGAAUUAAAUAACAAUAUUAAAACUACAUUUGAUAAAAUAAAAAAUUCUAAAAGUGGAAUAAAUAAAGUUAUGAGUAAAAAAUACAAUAAUACAAGUUCAAUAGUUAAAUAUUUUGAAGAAAUUUCUUAUAAUUUUAAACAUGAAAACAAAAAUUUAAGCCUCUAUGAAAUGCUGGUAGAAUAUGGAAAAGAAUUAAAUAAAGUAGUUAAGGAUGCACUGAUUGAAUAUGUGCAUAGGUAUAGAAAAACAAAAAAAUAUCAAAAAAAAAUUGAAGGUGAUAUAAAUAGGAAUGCUAAAAUGUUAUCAAAACUGCAUAGAAAGAUUAUUUUAAGUAUUUAUUAUAUGAUUUCAGAUAUGAAUAAAACUAAUAAAAAAAUUAGUAAGUUCAUAGAUAAAAAGGUUAAAGAAUAUCAUGAAUGGGUAAAUGAAGAAAAUGCUAAUUAUGCUAAAAAUAUAAAUAAUUUGAAGCUACAUGCAGAUUUUAACUUGGAGGAACUUAAUAAAGUUAUUAAUAUUUCAAAAGAAAAACUUAAAAAAAAUAAUAUAUCCUUCAUUAAUAUGAGUAAAUAUUUAACUUUUCAAGAUACAAGCAAAACUAUUAUGUCUAUUAUGCACUUUCUGAAUAAUAAAUACUCCAAAGAUGUUAAAAUUAUUCUUUUAUACAAUGAAGAAUACAAUAAUUUUAAGUUUAGUAAUAUUAUGAAAACCCCAAAACAAUGUUCAUGUGAAAUAAACACUAAAUCAGUAGAUAAUUACAAUUUUGAUCAUUUAAAUUAUAUUGAAUCUAAUAAAUAUGAAAAGAUAUUAAAGUCUAAUAUCAACGAAAAAAAUGAUUUUAAACAUAUAGACAAAAAAAAAAUAGAAAAUAUUAUGAAUGAAAUAUUUUUUUUAGAUAAAGAAAAUGAUAAUUGUUGGAUAAAAGAAAAAGAGUUAAUAUAUGAUAAAGACAAUAUUUCAUAUAGUGACUUAAAUACAAAAAUACAAAAAUAUACUAAUACGAUGGAGGAGAAUAUUAAUACAGUUAAAGAUGAUUUUCUUUUUAAACCCACUAUAAAAAGACACGUACUUAGUUUAAGAAACUUGCUUAAUAGUAUCAUUUUUAAUUUUAAUAAAUAUAUAUAUUCAUUCGAAAAAAAAUUCGAUGUACAUAGUAUAUAUGAUAAAUACGAUGAAAUAGCCAAAAAUAAAUUAAAAACUGAUGAAAAGGAUUCUAGUGAAAAUGAAAACGAAGAUGAAAACAAAAAUAAAAAAAAAGAUGAGAAUGAAACUGAAAAAAAGACCGAAAAUGAAAAUGAAAAGAAAGAGGAAGGUGAAACUGAAAAAAAGAUCGAAAAUGAAAAUGAAAAUGAUAAUGAAAAAAAAGAGGAAGGUGAAACUGAAAAAAAGACCGAAAAUGAAAAUGAAAAUGAAAAUGCAAAGAAAGAGGAAGGUGAAACUGAAAAAAAGACUGAAAAUGAAAAUGAAAAUGAAAAGAAAGAGGGAGGUGAAACUGAAAAAAAGACCGAAAAUGAAAAUGAAAAGAAAGAGGAAGGUGAAACUGAAAAAAAUACCGAAAAUGAAAAUGAAAAUGAAAAGAAAGAGGAAGGUGAAACUGAAAAAAAGAUCGAAAAUGAAAAUGAAAAUGAAAAGAAAGAGGGAGGUGAAACUGAAAAAAAGAUCGAAAAUGAAAAUGAAAAUGAAAAGAAAGAGGGAGGUGAAACUGAAAAAAAGACCGAAAAUGAAAAUGAAAAUGAAAAGAAAGAUGAAGGUGAAAAUGAAAAAGAAGGUGAAGGUGAAAGUGAAAGUGAAAAAGAAAUUUCAGGUGAAAAUGAAGAUGAUGAUGAUGAUGACGAUGAUGGUGAUGACGAUGAUAGUGAUGAAAAUGAUUAUGAAGAAAAUAAGGGUCGCAAUAAAUAUAAAAAUAAUACAUCAAAACGUGGGAUUGGAAUCAUAAAGCAUCUAUGGAGAAUACCAAUUCUUAAAAAUUUAUAUAAUAAUUAUUAUAAAAAAAAGGUUCAGAAAUAUACUAAAGAUAUAAAAGAAGUUCAUAUAUGUGAAAAAAAAAAUUUUAAUUUAGGAAAAUCAUAUAAUAAAUUCAAUACAUUAAAUUAUGAAGAAUUAAUAAAAGAAAUUAGUGAAAAUUUAUUAUAUGCCGUACCGGAUGUUGAUUAUAUAUUAGAAGCUUUAGAAAUAUUUAACAAAAAAAAAAAGUCAAAAAAAAAAAGAAACGUUUUCUAUGAAGCAUUUUAUGGGGAUAAUUAUUUUGUUACAAAAUCAAAAGGAUUUCAUAUUGAAUCGUUUAUUUAUCCUUACUUUGAAGCUUUAAAUAUACAAUUAAAAAAAUUGAAAACUUGCUUUAUGGAGAAUUAUUAUGAAUGCAUGAAAAAAUAUGUUAGAGAAAAUCUUUCAAAAAAAAAGUUAGAUCAAAAAAUUUUAAUUGUUUAUUUAGGAAAGUUUAAGGAAGAAAUAUUCAAACUACCAACAUCAACAAUUUCAGAAGAUUUAAAAAAAGAGCAUUUGAAACUAUUCUUAGAAAAUGAAGAAGAACAUAAUUGCUUUAAUAAUUUUUUAAUUAAAAAAUAUAGAGACGAAUAUACUUUUUUUGAAAGUAUCAAAGCUUACGUACUAUUACAUUCUAAAUACAAAGAUUUAAAUAAGAAUAAUAUUAAUUUUAAUUUUUAUGUUUCUUAUAUUUUUAAAAAGGAAAUACAGUUUAUGCCCUUAUCUUAUUAUUACGAUUCAAUAAUUUACUGUAAAGUAGUUCUUGCUACAUCUAAAUACGGAAAUCAAGAGAUUGUUCCAAUUGACGAUGAAAUAAUAAAAGUUAUUUUACUUCUUUCAUUAGAUAAUAAAGAAAAAAAUGUUCAUUACUUAAUUUUGUCAGAAGUUACAAGUGAUACAAAUUUUCCCUUAUUAAAAAAUAAAAGAGGAAUUAUUAAACUUUAUAGAGUAUCUUUUGAAAAACCUCAUUUGCAUUUAAUAAACAAAAGAUAUAAAAUUAAAACAACAAAAAAAAUGAAAGUUAUUUUAGAAAAAGAAGUAAUUCUUAAUAAUAAUACAAAAAAAGUAAAAGAUUAUAUAGAUACAUUUUAUGAAAUUAUGAAUAAAAUAAUGGAAAAUAAUAUCAACUUAGAAUUAGUAGGUAAAUCUUUUUUUGUUCAUUUAAAUACAAUAUGA